AGUGGACAUUGUCCGGGCUUAGCACGAUUCGGCGCAUAUCAUUUCGUUGGAUCGACUGAAAGUCUCUUCCACUGAGAGUGUAAUCGCCGUACACUUUAACGUAUACCUUCGACAUUGUCUAAAUCCAAUCGAAUGAAAGAAAACUUAUGAUUUUGCGAAACAAAAAACCAUUCGAAUGUGUUUACCCAAAUUCAGAUUUCUUUGAUGUGCUCACGAACAAUUUCAGCUAAAAUCAAAAUGCGAAUAGCCGCCAAUCCGAAUAACACCUACAGCAGUGAAAAAAACUAAUGAGAAUGUUGUGGGACAAUUCCAGCUGUUGAAUGACCUGCGACAACAUAUGAACGAGCAUAACAACAUACGGAAGCCAUUCGAAUGUACCACGUGUAAUAUGCGUUUCAUUCACAUAAACAGUUGGUUUCGGCAUCGGUCGAGACACACCAAAAACAUUCAUGAAUGUGAAUAUUGCUCAGAGUCAUUUAACACACUCACCGCUGUAAAGCAACACAUUCAGGAUAUGCACAAGGAUCAUCUAAAAGCCUACAAAUGCGAUCAAUGCGCCGAGGAAUUUGCUUUGCAUUUCCUACUAGUGUUACACCAUGAAUGGCAUAAAAAAGCCAAACCGAUCAUCUGCAGCACUUGUAACAUGGUUUUCUUCAAUGAACGCAAAUUAAAAGCACACAUUCGAGACAAUCAUGCGAACCAUUUGUGUGCGGAGUGUGGAAAAUCCUUCAAAACUAUUCAUUCGUUGGCCAGCCUCCAGAUGCUGCACACCGAAGAAAAGCCCUUUGCCUGUGAUCUAUGCCCAAGUAAAUUCAAAUGGAAAGCCGCAUUACGAACUCAUUCCCUCGUUCAUUCUGGGCAGAAACAGCACGUUUGCGACAUUUGUGGCUCAUCAUUCACAACCAAAGGAUCGAUGAAAAAGCAUAAAAGAAUACACACCGGUGAUCGACGAUAUCAAUGCGACACUUGCUCGCUAAGAUUCUAUAGUAACGACCAUUUGAAGCGCCACAUAAGAACCCAUACCGGCGAGAGACCAUACAUUUGUACAUACUGUCCGCGUUCAUUUUCGCAAAGCAACGAUUUGACAAAGCACUUGCGUUCGCAUGUGGGCCAAAAUAUGUAUCAAUGCAGUGAUUGCGGUGAAUCGUUUCGACUUCAAACCGAACUACGAAAACAUUCCUACACCCAUUACAAUAAGGACGAUAAUUCAGAUACGCUCAAAAUGGAAGAGCAGCAAUAAUUAUAAUAUAACAUCGAUUGUAGUCUGUAGUCGCCUCAAUUUUUGACAAAAUUGUCAAUAAAAUAUACAUGUAAAUAAACAAUUGUCUGAUGGCAGCAUGAAUCCCAGCAGAGAGCCUUUAAAUUUGUUUUUGAAAAAUGAUUCGAAAAGACAUGGUGGGGAUUUCGGGUGGAGUUGAUUUAGCGGUGGCCGGUUUCUUGUUGAAGCAAAAAGGCUUUGAUAUUCGUGGUGUUUUCCUGAAGAAUUGAGAUUUAGUUGACGUUUCGUUACUGUUCGAGUUACUGUUCAGCCGAAACAGACUGGGAAGAUGCACAAUAUGUCUGUGAUAAAUUACAAAUCCCGGUUCAAUGCAUCGAUUUCGUGAAGCAGUACUGGACCGAUGUGUUUGAGAACACUAUGAAGAAAUAUCAGAAUGACCAGGCACCGAAUCCGGACGUUUAUUGCAAUAAACACAUAGAAUGUGCCGCAUUUUAUCGACACAUCAAGGAAAAUUUAGCAGCUUAAACAGAUGCGAUAGUCAUUACGUCUAACAUUAAAGCAGAAGGAAGAUAUGGAUAUGGUUUAUUGUUUAUCACUUCGGUGAAACCGAUAUUGACAUUCUGGAUGACUCUAUCAACUCUUGAUGAAGAGCAAAAACUGUAUACUAAAUUCAAGGAUUAUUCAAAAAAAAAAAAUUAAAAAUAAGAAAACAACAGUUAAAAAA